ACAUACCUUUCGGUUCCAACCGAGGACCUCCGAUUAGCAGCCCCGCGCCUGCGUCCCAUCUUUUGUAUAACCCUGGGUAGAAUGACACCGUGUGCUUGCCGACCCGCGUCCCCAAAUCAGAGGGUCCCACGGACCGGCUGGGUGUACAGAAAUGUAGAGAAGCCAGAGAGUGUGUCCGAUCACAUGUACAGGAUGGCAGUUAUGGCUCUGGUGACCAAAGAUGACCAGCUUAACAAAGACCGAUGUGUACGCCUAGCCCUUGUUCACGAUAUGGCAGAAUGCAUCGUGGGGGACAUAGCACCAGCAGAUAACGUCCCCAAAGAAGAAAAACAUAGGCGGGAAAAGGAAGCUUUGGGACAGCUCACCCAGCUCCUGCCAGAGGACCUGAGAAAGGAGAUCUAUGACCUUUGGGAAGAGUACGAGACCCAAUCCAGCGCAGAAGCCAAGUAUGUGAAGCAGCUGGACCUGUGUGAGAUGAUUCUACAGGCAUCGGAGUACGAAGACCUUGAGAACAAACCCGGGAGAUUGCAAGACUUCUACGAUUCCACAGCAGGUAUCAGGCUGUUUCCAGAAAAUUCAGUCACCCUGAAGUAGUCCAGCUGGUUUCUGAACUUGAGGCAGAAAGGAACAGCAGCAUAGCAGCAGCCGCCGCCGAGCCCCGCCCCUGAGAGUUUCUACGGUUGUCCUCCUGGAACUGACAUGUGACUUCUUUUACCCCCUUUUCACGGCGUUGUUUGCCCGUCGAUGUUGGUUUCCCCAGAUGUGAGUCUGUUUGCUUUCACUUGUCUGGACUCCCAAGCAAGCCACGUGAUGGCAUUUGGGCAAUAAAAGGAGCUAUGGAA